AAGGCUGGCAUGGCACUGAGUACAGGAGUGGUUCUCCAGCUGCUGGUGGUGGUGAUGAGGGGUAUAGCUGCUCCAGCCCCAAUCUGCUCUCUGCUGGGCCAACCCGCUCUGCCUCUCCUGUCUGCCGAGGGGGACAUCAACAUUGGGGCAGUGUUCCCUCUACAUAGGAAUGCCCUCUUCAAGGUCCAUUCGUUCACCUCCAGACCAGAGAAAACACCCUGUAUCAGUAUCAACCAACGGGAAUUCCAGUUUGCACAGACCCUGAUCUUUGCCCUGGAGGAGAUCAACAACAGCAGUGAUCUGCUCCCAGGGCUGUCUCUGGGUUACCAGGUCUAUGACUCCUGUAGCUAUGCCCCCCUGGCCAUCCACUCAGCCCUGGCCCUGAUGAACAGCCCUGGGCCCGAGGACAGCCUGGGAGACCCUUCCUCCUGUUCCAGAUCUCCAGCCGUGUUGGGUAUUGUAGGGGAGUCAAGCUCCACAUCCACCAUCGGAAUAUCAUCCCUGGUCGGACCAUUCAACAUCCCUGUGAUCAGCCACUUUGCCACCUGUGCUUGUCUGAGUAACAAAAAAAAGUUCCCCUCCUUCUUCAGAACCAUCCCCAGUGACUUCUACCAGAGCAGAGCCCUGGCAAAGCUGGUCAAACACUUUGGAUGGAACUGGGUGGGAGUGGUGAACAGCAACAAUGACUAUGGAAACAACGGCAUGGCCACAUUCUUGGAGGCAUCGUGGCAUGAAGGGGUCUGUGUAGAGUACCAAGAGUCCAUCCACCGCACAGACCCCAGAGAGAAGCUCCUGGAAGUCGUCAAGGUCAUCCGGAGGGCCACAGCCAGGGUGGUGGUACUGUUCAUGGGCUUGGGGGACAUCGUUCCCCUGAUGAAUGAGAUGGCCCUGGAGGGAGACCCAGGGCUUCAGUGGGUGGGCAGCGAGUCCUGGAUCACAGCCAGACUGCUGGCGGAUAACAAGGCCUACGGCUUCCUGAGGGGAGCGGUUGGCUUUGCCAUCAGGAAUGCCAGGCUGGAUGGUCUGGAGGGGUUCCUACACAAGGUGCACCCCUCCCAGGCGCCAGACAACACCCUGCUCAGGGAGUUUUGGGAGACUGUGUUCCAGUGCUCCUUCGAGGGGGGCAGCAGCACGCUGUGCACAGGAACAGAGAGCUUAGCAAAGCUGAAGAACCAAUACACUGACAUGUCAGAGCUGAGAAUACCCAAUAAAGUAUACACAGCUGUAUAUGCGAUUGCACACGCUCUGCACAACCUAAUGACAGACUUAAAGAAUGACACAGACAGUGGCAAAAGACCAGUCUACACACCACAGCAGGUGCUACAGUACCUGAAGGAGGUGAGGUUUAGAGUAAAGACAGGAGAGGAGAUCUGGUUUGAUGAUAACGGAGAUGUGGUGGCGUGCUACGACCUAGUGAACUGGCAGCAGGAGGAGGAUGGGACCCUGCAGUUCCAUGUUGUGGGGCUGUAUGAUUCCUCGAUGCCCCCUGAACAGCGCAUUACCUUCAACAAGGGAAAACUGGUCUGGGUAGGGGGGCAGGCAGAGGCACCUGCAUCAGUGUGCAGUGAGAGCUGUCCCACAGGCACUCGUAAGGCUGUACAGAAAGGAAAACCUGUAUGCUGUUAUGACUGUGUACCAUGUGCGGAGGGAGAGAUCAGUAAUAUCACAGAUUCUAACGGCUGCUAUCGAUGUGACUUGGAGUAUUGGUCAAAUGAAAAAAGGGACCUCUGUGUGUUGAAACCAGUUGAAUUCCUCUCCUAUGAAGAAAUUAUGGGCAUAGUUCUGGUGUUUUUCUCCUUACUGGGGUCCGGUGUUACUACUCUGGUAGCUGUUGUGUUUUCAAUUCACAAGGAUACUCCCAUCGUCAGGGCCAACAACUCUGAGCUGAGCUUCCUGCUGCUCUUCUCCUUGACUCUGUGUUUUCUGUGUUCUCUUACUUUCAUUGGCCGGCCCUCUGAGUGGUCCUGUAUGCUGCGUCACACAGCGUUUGGGAUCACCUUCGUCCUCUGCAUGUCUUGUGUUCUGGGGAAAACAAUAGUGGUGUUGAUGGCCUUCCGGGCUACACUUCCAGCCAGUAAUAUCAUGAAAUGGUUUGGUCCUCCACAGCAGAGACUCAGUGUUCUGGCUUUCACUCUCAUACAGGUCCUGAUCUGUGUACUUUGGUUAACAGUCUCCCCUCCUUUCCCCUACAAGAACAUGAAGACUUAUAAGGAAAAGGUCAUUCUAGAGUGUGAUGUGGGUUCAGCUAUUGGUUUCUGGGCUGUGUUGGGGUAUAUAGGACUCCUGGCUCUCUUGUGCUUUGUGCUGGCUUUUCUGGCUCGAAAGCUGCCUGAUAACUUCAAUGAGGCCAAAUUCAUCACCUUCAGCAUGCUCAUAUUCUGUGCAGUCUGGAUCACCUUUAUCCCAGCUUAUGUCAGCUCUCCUGGGAAGUUCACUGUAGCUGUGGAGAUCUUUGCUAUUCUGGCCUCCAGUUUUGGUUUACUUUUCUGCAUUUUUGCUCCUAAAUGUUUCAUUAUAUUGCUGAGGCCAGAGCAAAACACCAAGAAACAUAUGAUGGGGAAGACAUCCAAUGAUAUACGAUAUUGAAGAGCAAAUUAUGGGGAAAACAUCCAAUGAUAUACGAUAUUAAAGAAAGAUAUAAUGGGGAAGAUAUUCAAUGAUGUACGAUAUUAA